AGAAAAGAAUAACAAUUACUCAAUCCAUCCCAAAGAACAAUAAGAUUUUCCUUAAAAAUUCUUUCCCUCUACUUUCAAAGAUGCAUCUGAUUUUGCUUCCACCAAAGGCAUAUUCCUUCCUUUCUUUUACUCUCUUCCUUCCCCACAAAUGGUACCAAAGAAUGUUCUUUCUCCUAACCUUCCUCCCAUAUCUUUGAACUGCCAAAUGCCUCACUCUUUCUUCCAGACUUCCAUAUAAAUACGUCAACUAACAAAACAACCCAAAAAUUAAAAAAAAAAGAAAAAGAAAAAGAAAACUCGUAUCUGAGUUCUAAACCUGUCCUAGUUUCAAAGAGUGUAUUGUGCUUAUUUCUUUAGCUUGAAGAUGGCUUCUGGGCAAGUGCUCAAACGAUCAAAUUCAAUUGCAGAUCGCAUGCCUGAUGCAUUGAAGAAAAACCGCUAUCAUAUGAAAAGAUGCUUUGCCAGGUUUGUUGCAACGGGCAAAAGGUUAUUGAAACUCCAACACAUAAUGGAGGAAGUGGAGAAAUCAAUAGAAGACGAGCAAAACAGAAGCAAAGUCUUGGAGGGCUUACUUGGUUACAUCCUAAGUUCCACUAAGGAGGCAGCUGUUGUUCCACCAUAUGUUGCUUUUGCUGUAAGACCUAGCCCUGGAUUCUGGGAAUUUGUUAAAGUGAACUCCAAGGAUCUGUCAGUGGACAGUAUCACUGCUCCGGAAUACUUGAAAUUCAAGGAAAUGAUCUUAGAUGAAAACUGGGCGAAUGAUGAAAAUGCUUUGGAGAUAGAUUUUGGAGCCAUUGACUUCUCCACUCCCCGCAUGAUCCUUUCUUCUUCUAUCGGAAAUGGCGUCAGCUUCAUCUCAAAGAAUAUAACUUCAAGGCUACAUGGGAAGCCUGAGAGUGCAAAGUCAUUGCUCGAGUACUUACAAGCCAUAAAUCAUCAAGGAGAGGAUCUAGUGAUAAAUGCAACUCUGGAUACUGUCUCUAAGCUUCAAAAUGUGCUUGUUGCGGCUGAAGUAUUUGUGUCUGCACUCCCCAAAGAUGCACCAUUUCGGAAUUUUGAGCAGAGGUUUAAAGAAUGGGGCUUUGAGAAAGGGUGGGGAAAUACUGCAGAAAGGGUUAAGGAGUCAAUUAGGAUACUUUCUGAGGUACUUCAAGCACCAGAACCUGAAAAAUUGGAGUUGCUCUUUAGCAGGCUACCCACCAUAUUCAACAUUGUGAUCUUCUCCCCUCAUGGCUACUUUGGGCAAUCGGAUGUCCUUGGAUUACCGGAUACUGGCGGCCAGGUGGUUUACAUUCUUGAUCAAGUAAGAGCUUUGGAGGAAGAAUUGCUCCUCAGGAUUAAGCAGCAAGGUCUUGUUGUGAAGCCACAGAUUCUUGUGGUAACUAGACUUAUACCUGAUGCUCGAGGGACAAAGUGCAACCAAGAGUUGGAGCCUAUUAUCAACACUAAGCACUCUCACAUACUGAGAGUCCCGUUUAGGACAGAAAAUGGGGUUCUCCGCCAAUGGGUUUCCCGUUUUGAUAUCUACCCCUACCUUGAGAGAUUUGCCCAGGAUGCUACUGCAAAGAUCCUUGAACACAUGGAGUGCAAACCGGACCUCAUCAUUGGGAACUACAGUGAUGGGAACUUGGUCGCAUCUUUGAUGGCUAGCAAGCUUGGAAUAACUCAGGGAACUAUUGCUCACGCUUUAGAAAAAACCAAGUAUGAAGAUUCAGAUGCCAAAUGGAAGGAAUUGGACUCCAAGUACCACUUUUCAUGUCAGUUCACAUCCGACAUAAUCUCAAUGAAUUCAGCUGAUUUCAUCAUAACAAGCACAUACCAAGAAAUUGCUGGAAGUAAGGAUAGGCCUGGACAGUAUGAAAGUCAUACAACAUUUACCAUGCCUGGACUUUAUCGAGUAGUCUCAGGCAUCAAUGUUUUUGAUCCAAAGUUCAACAUUGCUGCCCCUGGGGCUGAUCAGUCUGUCUACUUCCCAUACACAGAGAGGCAGAGGCGGCUAAUCUCUUUUCACCCGGCCAUUGAAGAACUACUAUACAGCAAGGAGGACAGCAAUGAGCACAUAGGAUAUUUGGCAGACGGGAAGAAACCAAUCAUAUUCUCAAUGGCACGACUUGAUACAGUGAAAAACAUUACAGGACUAACAGAAUGGUUUGGAAAGAACAAAAGGCUGAGAAGUUUGGUAAAUCUUGUGGUUGUAGCAGGUUUUUUCGAUCCAUCCAAAUCAAAGGAUAGAGAAGAAAUUGCAGAAAUAAAAAAGAUGCAUGCCUUGAUUGAGAAAUACGAACUUAAGGGCCAGAUUAGAUGGAUAGCAGCUCAAACCGACAGAUAUCGCAAUGGAGAGUUGUACCGCUGUAUUUCUGAUACAAAGGGAGCUUUUGUGCAACCUGCAUUGUAUGAGGCUUUUGGUCUAACAGUCAUUGAGGCUAUGAACUGUGGAUUGCCUACUUUUGCAACAAAUCAAGGAGGUCCAGCAGAAAUUAUUGUUGAUGAGAUCUCAGGUUUUCACAUUGACCCCAAUAAUGGUGAUGAAUCGAGCAACAAGAUCGCCGAUUUCUUUGAAAAGUGCAAGUUGGAUCCUGAAAACUGGGACAAGAUAUCUAAAGCUGGUCUCCAGCGUAUAUAUGAAUGCUACACAUGGAAGAUUUAUGCAAACAAGCUGCUAAACAUGGGAGCAGUUUAUGGAUUCUGGAGGCAGUUGAACAAGGAACAAAAUCUAGCUAAACAAAGAUAUAUUCACAUGUUUUACAAUCUCCAAUUUAGAAAUUUGGCAAGGAACUUGCCAAUCCCAAGUGAAGGACCCGAACAACCAACACCGGCGGCACUAACUGCACCCCAGCAACCAACACAAGUUUUGACAUCCAAGCCUAUACAACCAGAGCCAACAUCGUCAAUUGAGUCUCAGCCAACACUAAGGAAUGAAGGCAUAGAGCAGCAGCAGCUUGGCGAUCCAAAAGUGCUACUCUGUCCUUGUGGUUCUUGGUGCUUCAUUCUUGGUUUUCUCUUUGUAAUUUAUUACCUCUUAAUGAAGUUGUAUCAUCUAUUCAUAUAGCUUAAGAGGAAGUAAUAUGUACGGAUGAGAAACAUCAUAUAAAAUUCUCAAUUUGUAAGGUCACUCAAAAAUAAAAUAUAACAUCUCAAUGGAAGGUCCGAACCACA